AUGUACAAAAGUUCAACAUAUCAUGAUUUCACAAACCUAGUCAUCCGCGAACAUGUAGCGCUCAAAACCACUCUUUCCUCGCAUGACAAAAUUUGCAUCGAUGGAGAGUCAUUAACAGUCGCUCAGGUGGUUGCUGUUGCAUUACAUGGCAGACCAUCAUACAUAUCCGAUGAUACUGCCGUCCACACCAAAGUUCAACAAAGCGUUGACUUUUUAGAGCAAGAGCUAGCCCAAGGACAAACUGUCUAUGGUGUUACCACUGGCUUCGGAGGCAGUGCCGAUACUCGCACAGAUGAGACUGAAGCCCUGCAAGAUGGACUGAUCAGAUUUCUCAACGCCGGAAUACUCUUACCGUCUGAUAUGGGCCAUGUGGCGCAUGAAGAUGCAACGAGUCAAGGCAUAUUGCGCAGUCACGCCUUGCCUCGAGCAAUUGUAAGGGCAACUAUGCUGAUUCGAUCGAAUUCCCUUCUACGCGGACAUUCAGGAGUGCGAAUGAACGUUAUUGGUACAGUAAUGUCUCUUCUCGAGAAAGACAUUAUUCCUGUUAUACCGCUGCGUGGGAGUAUUUCUGCAUCUGGAGAUCUCGGUCCGCUGUCUUACAUUGCUGGAGCUGUGCAAGGAAACGCUGAUAUCUAUAUGCGUGUCGGAAUUGCAGCCAGCUACGGCAACCUUGCUGGAACCGUUGUCACGGCUAGAGAGGCGCUUCAGGUGUCAGGAUUAGAACCACAGCGCCUUCAGGCAAAAGAAGGUCUUGGUAUUGUCAAUGGCACAUCGGCAAGUGCUGCAGCUGCAGCUUUGGUCAUCCAUCGAGCCAAACAGCUGGCGGUUCUGUCACAGUUUUUAACAGCAAUGGGUACAGAAGCGCUUUCUGGGACCACAUAUAACUACGACCCUUUUAUUUCUGCUAUCCGGCCCCAUUGGGGACAAGAAGAGGCAGCCGCCAAUAUCACCAGCUUUCUUCAGGGAUCUCGGCUGGCAUCGCAGAGCAACCCUCAAGGACGAGGACUAGCACAAGACCGGUAUGCUUUACGAACUGCGCCGCAGUGGAUUGGGCCGCAGUUGGAGGAUUUGUUUCUCGCACAGCAACAAAUUGAAGUUGAGCUAAAUUCGACGACGGAUAAUCCAUUGAUCGACGUCGAAGGCGGGCGCAUCCAUCACGGAGGCAACUUUCAAGCCAUGUCUAUUACGUCAGCCAUGGAGAAGACCAUCCUAGCUAUGCAGAAUCUAGGCCGUUUGCUAUUUGCGCAGUGCACGGAACUCAUUAACAAUAAGUUUAACAAUGGGCUGCCCUCCAAUCUGUGUGUUGAUGAACCUAGCUUGUCUUAUACAUUCAAGGGAAUCGAUAUCACUAUGGCCGCAUACAUGUCUGAGUUGGCGUCUCUCGCCCAUCCCAUCAGCCCACACGUUGUGAAUGCAGAGAUGGGAAAUCAGUCUCUAAAUUCACUUGCCCUCAUUGCAUCCCGCCGGGCGAUGGAAUGUGUUGAGAUUCUAUCUCUCAUGUCUGCAGCUUAUAUAUACGCCCUUUGUCAAGCCGUUGACCUACGAUGUUUACACUUGGAAUUUAUCAAGGUUGCGGAGCCCGCAACGAACGAUAUUGUCAGAAGCAUCUUUGGCUCAAUUAUUGAGGCUCCAGAAGCCAUUUCAGCUCUAGAACGAUGUUCCUGGGAUUCUAUCCUAGACGUUUGGAUCAAGUUAUCUCAUCUCGAUCUUGAUCAAAGGUGCCUUGAAACAUCGCGCAAGACAGUUGGCAAUAUUGUAGAGUUUCUGAGCUCUAAGAAGCUUUCAGUAACAAUUAAGUAUUUAGAGGAUUACCAAAAACAAAUUGCAACCAUUCUUAAUUGCCUAUAUCGCCAAUGUCGAGAGCGAUUUUUCCUGGUCCAGGAAACGCCAAAUUAUCUCGGAUUCGGUUCAAGGCGCAUCUACGCCCAGGUGGAUAUAUCUAGUGGCAUCACCAACGGCGCCGCAAUUCGACGUAUAAGCGAGCACAGCCAGGAUACUGCUCACAAUUUCCAAAAAGAUUCUGAUAGCAUCGGAUCGAUAGUAGGGAGAAUAUACUUGUCAAUUUGCAAUGGUCAAUUGCCAACACACAUGCUGGAGUUCUAUGAGCCAUGA